AUGGAAGAAUUUGGCUUUCCAAAGAAACUUAUAAAUCUAACUAAAUUUUGUAUGGAGGUUGUAAAAUACCGGGUGAGUGUGGAUGGUAUUGAAUCUGAAGCUUUUAGUGUUGAAACGAGAUUAAAACAGGGUGAUGCACAUAACACUGUCCCCAUUAUUGUUCAAUUUGGCCCUAGAAAUGGCGGUACGAGUAUUGCAAGGUGAAUCAAGAGGAAUAAACUUAGUCUGACACCACGUAAAAAUACUUGGGUUUGCAAAUGACCUAAACAUUCUAGGGGACUGAAAGACACAGUGAGAAGAAUCAAAACAUUAGAACGUACAGCAGGAUGAAUAGGGCUACAGAUAAACGCAGACAAAACAAAAGUAAUGGAAGUAAUAAACAUCAAAAUGGAAACAGAUCCUAUGGAAACACUAUAUUACGAGAAAGACCAAGAGUUUCAGUACCUAAGUGUUUUAUUAAAUAAAAAAAAAUUAAAGGUCCUGUGAAAUAUAGGCGAGUAUAACAAUAAAGGCGAAAAGAACGUUGUUAGCAUUUCUAAAGUUUUUUAAGUAAAACUCUUCUCUCUAGAUUAUAUAUAUCAAUAAUACGACCGACACUCAUAUAUGGCUGUGAAGUAUAGAUGAUAAGUAUCAUGCAAAGAAAACUGAAGACUUUUUAAAAUAAAGUCUGGAGAAAAAUAAAAGACCUAGUUAUAGAUACGAGGACAGGCCAGUGGCGUAUAAAGCACAACCAAGAACUGCAAGAGGAAUUAAAAAUGGCAACAAUAAAUGGGGUCAUACAAAGCCAAAGAUUUUAAUGGCUAGAAUAUGGAAUGCUGCGUAG